AUGGAAUUGGAAGGAAAUAUUAUACAAAAAAACCGUCAAAAAGAUAAUGUUCUGACAAUAAUAGCUAAUGGGGACAACAACAGCAUAGAGAAUGCCGAAAGCGAAGUUAAAAAAGAGAAAAAAGAGAAGUCUUUAAAGUCUUUAAAGUCUUUGAAAGAUGAUAAUAUUAAUAAUAUAAAUUCGGAGAAUGAUAAAAUUAAAAUUCGAGAUUUUGGAUUUCCCAUAGAUGAUCCACGACAUUGGGGACAACCAUAUCCAAUAUCAACUGAAAGUGGAGAAGAAGAAUAUAUUAAUCGUAAAGCUCGAGCACUUUAUGAUUUUCAAGCUGAAAAUGAAUCAGAAUUAAGUUUUCAAGAAGGAGAUAUUCUUUUAAUCCAAUGCCAACAAUGUGAUGGUUGGUUAUUAGCAGAUUUAGGUGAUGAAACCGGACUGUAUCCAUUUUUACCACCAUCAGUUUUAGAGCAGGAACGUCAUGAGCGUCAUGAACGUAAAAGCUCAGAAGGUGGUGAAGGAGGUGGUGGUUAUGCAUUAAGACCGAGUUUUAAACAAAAAUUUCGUCCACCAAUAGCUAAGCAAAUGAUUACACAAAUUCUAAAUGAAAGAUUAGAAAGAGCUAUUUAUGAUAAAGAUCAAGCUCCUCUUUGGGCUCGUGAAAUUGCUGAAGAAAUUAAAUUUAAAUUAUUAGACUUGGAUCUUCCUAGAUAUAAAUACAUUGUUAAUGUUACUAUAUUGGAGAAUAAAGGAGCGGGGUCCAGAAUGCAAGUUAAUUGUUUUUGGGAUUCAGAUACCGAUAAUUUAGCUCAAGAUACUUUUAAAAAUGAAACUAUUAUUUGUGUAGCUAUGGCAUUUGGCUCUAAUGGUAAAACUUACGAAUACGCCUUUUCUGUUAGGGUUAAAAAAAAUGAUAGUGUUGAUGACCUCAAGAAAGCUAUUAAAAAGGAGAAAGAUCACGAGUUUAAGAAUUUUGCACCAGAUAGCCUUAAACUGUGGAAAAUUGUUUGGUAUGAUGCUGGAGAUAACCAAACACUAUUUAAUUUGCAGGAUGAUCCCAGAUUACCUUUUAGUAUUCAUAGUGGAACUGAUGUAGUGGUUACGGAGAAGUUUUGUAUUCAAGCCAAAUGGGUUCAACUGGAUAUUCAUGCAGUUAUGGAGCUAAAAAAAUGUGUCAAGACAAAUCACUCAUUUCAAACCAUCAUGGAAAUGAUUGUUGCUGAUUUGAUUAGUCCAAAAGAUAUAAUUGUUUUUGGGAUCUUAUCAGAUCUAAGAUCAUUGGCAAUUAUUCUGAGGUUAGAAGAUGAUAAAACUGCCAAACAUGUCAAAUUGAAUACUUUAUUACCUAAAACAACUAUGGAAGAAAAUGAUGAUAUUGCAAGGAUAGAAGAUGUAUAUGAUGUUAUGAUACAGGAGUGGAGAUUAGGCGGACGUAGAAAGAACGUUAAAAAAGGAUUUCAAUUCACUCUUAUGGUAGUUGGCGCUUCCGGUACUGGUCGCACUACUUUUGUUAAUACUCUCUGCGGUAAUGAAGUUUUAUCCAAGAAACUAUGUGAUAAUCCCGAUUCCGCACAUAUAGAAGAAGGAAUUCGUAUCAAACCUGUGACUGUCGAAUUAGAUGAAGAUGGAGUUAGAAUCGCAUUGACUAUAGUGGAUACUCCUGGUUUUGGUGAUAAUAUAGAUAAUGAAUUUUGUUUUCAAGAAAUUAUGGGAUAUCUAGAAAGACAAUAUGAUGAUAUUCUUGCUGAAGAAUCGAGGAUUAAACGUAAUCCUCGAUUUCGAGAUAAUCGAGUUCACGCACUUCUUUACUUUAUUGCGCCGACAGGACAUUCUCUUCGCGAAAUUGAUAUUGAAUUAAUGAAACGACUCAGUCCACGGGUUAAUGUUAUUCCAGUUAUUGGUAAAGCUGAUACUUGCACACCCACUGAAUUGACAGAUUUCAAAAGAAGAAUUAUGGAAGAUAUCGAUCAUUAUAAUAUUCCAAUUUAUAAUUUCCCAUUUGACGUAGAAGAGGAUGACGAAGAAACAGUUGAAGAAAAUAGCGAAUUGAGGGCCCUUCUACCUUUCGCUAUUGUUGGUAGUGAAGAAGAACUCCCGGUGAAUGGUAGAACUAUUCGUGGUCGACAAUACCCAUGGGGAGUAGUCGAAGUCGAUAAUCACCAACAUUCAGAUUUUGCUAGAUUACGAUCAGCUUUAUUGAGUUCUCAUUUACAAGAUCUGAAAGAAAUCACUCAUGACUUUUUAUACGAGAAUUAUCGUACUGAGAAACUUAGUCGAAGUAGUGCAGAUAGUCCAACUGUAGAGGACUCUGCAAUCUUACCGGAAGAUCUUGCUACCCAGAGUGUGAGGUUGAAGGAAGAACAAUUAAAACGAGAAGAAGAGAAGUUGAGAGAAAUUGAAUUAAAGGUCCAACGUGAAAUUACUGAAAAGAGACAAGAACUUUUAGCCAAAGAAGAAGCCUUGAGAAAUUUAGAAGCCCGAUUAGCACAAGCACAGGAAUCUUCUAAUUAA